AUGAUGGCCGCGCCUGAGAUGUUUGGCGCGGACGACAAGUCUGCGGCGAGGUCCGCCGCUAAUAAGCAAGAGGCAUCGGACCACUCUGCAGAAAAGCACGACAACGACGACGUCGAUGAUGGCAGGCAGGCGGGAGUGCGGAAGAUUGAGGCCGCUGCAUCCAUCUGGUCGAAAUGGCACCUGAUUGCCGCAUUCGCAAACAUAUGGCUUAUUUACUUCAUCCUGUCCAUCAUGGAAGUCGUGUUCCGCACGCUGGAUCCCUUCGUCACGAGCGCCUUCUCGCGGCACUCCCUCACCGCGGCCAUGGGCAUCAUCUCGAGCAUCGUCGGCGGCCUGUCCAAGCUCGCCAUCGCCAAGAUCCUCGACACCGUCGGCCGGCCGCAGGGCAUGGCGCUGGCGCUCUUGGUGUGGGUCAUGGGCAUGGUCAUGAUGGCCGCGUGCAAGAACGUCGAGACGUAUGCCGCGGCGCAAGUCUUUUCAUCAACAGGCUCUCAGGGGGUGAGCUACUGCCUCACCAUCUUCAUUGCCGACACUACGAGCCUUUUGAAUCGUCCGCUGAUGCUCGCGUUCGCCACGUCUCCCUACAUCGUCACGACGUGGAUUGGCGGCCCGCUGGCGAGCAGAGUCAUCGCUGGACCGGGUUGGCGCUGGGGUUUUGGCAUGUGGGCCAUCAUCACGCCCGUGGUCGUCAUGCCCCUCGUCAUCCUCUUCGGCUGGGACCAAUACAGGGCCAAGAAGCAGGGGAUUGUGCCGCCCAAGGACACCUCCAAGUCGACCUUUGCCGCAGUCAAGGCCUUCGUCAUCGAGGUCGAUCUCUUCGGCCUGCUGCUUCUCGCCGGGGGCAUGGCACUAUUCCUGCUUCCUUUUGCCCUUUGGCAGUACCAGGACGACGGAUGGCGCAGCGCCCUGGUCAUUAGCAUGAUCAUCGUCGGCGGUCUGCUCGUCAUUGCGUUCGUGCUGUGGGAAAAGUACCUCGCUCCGGUGACGUUUAUCCCCAUCGGCUUACUGACAGACCGGACCGUCUUCUUCGCCGGACUCAUGUUCCUUUUCGUUUUCGCCAACUCUCUCAUCUGGGGCAGCUACUUUACGUCCAUGCUCCUCGUCGUCUGGAACACGGGCGUCACAAAGGCGACAUACAUCAGCAACAUCUAUCGAGUCGGCUCGUGCUUUGCGGGUCUCGUUCUCGGAUACCUCAUUAGAGUCACGGGCCGCUUCAAAUGGGUCGCGACCAUGUAUGCGCUGCCGCUCAUGCUGCUCGGCGUGGGGCUCAUGAUUCACUUCCGGCAGGCGAGCCAGGCGGUCGGAUACGUCGUCAUGACGCAGAUUUUCGUCGCCUUCGCGGGAGGCCCCAUGGUCAUCGCCGGUGAAAUGGCCAUGAUGGCUCCUUCGGACCAUCAGCACGUCGCGGUCAUCAUCGCGAUACUGGACCUGUUCGCCGGCGUUGGCAAUGCUAUUGGCCGUGCGAUCUCUUCCGCGAUUUGGGCGGGUACGUUUAAGGAGGCCCUGGCCAGGAACCUGCCCGCGGAGGCCCCCGUCGACAGCAUAUACGGAAGCCUGCCGAUCCAGCUGAGCUACGAGCCGGGCUCGCCGGAGCGGCUGGGGAUUUCGGAGGCGUACUCGGAGUCUCAGCGCUACAUGCUCAUCACGAGUACGUGCUUUGUGGCCAUUGCGUGGGGAUGCGCUUGGGUUUGGAGGGAUAUUCGCGUCAAGGACAGGAAGCAAGUGCAAGGCUACGUGGUAUGA